GCCGUGGCGUGAGGAGGAAGCGGAUAGCUGCUGCGUCUCAUAAGUGGUGCCGAGAAGACAGUGUGUUUGUGUUAGUGUUAGUGUGUGUGUGUGUGUGUGUUUGUGUGUCAGGUGUUUACGCCGACGUGGAAAACAUGGAGGAAGAGAAGGUCCUGCCCGUCAUCGACCUGAGCCUGGCCAAGGGUCACACGCGGGCCGGCCUGGUGAAGGAGCUGCACGAGGCGCUCACCACCGUGGGCUUCAUCUACCUCAAGAACGUGGACGGCUACGACGAGGAGGCGCUGCUGCGACACUCCAAGUGGUUCUUCAGCCUGCCGAUGGAGCAGAGGAUGGCCAUCUCCAAGAAGUCUUUCAACCCUAAGUGCAGCAACGAGUACCGCGGAUACUUUCCUGUCAUCCCCGGCGCCGUGUCCCACAAGGAAGCCUUCGAGAUCGGGCCGAAGCAGGGGAAGCCGAAGGAGGGACUCAUAUCGCUGGAGGAGAAGUUCAUCAUCGAGGACAACCAAUGGCCUCUAGAGUCUAGAGGAAUCCGAGGAGGGCAGGAACUUCAGGACAUGGAUGGAGGUCUACCACGAGAAGAUGACCGAGGCUUCGCGGGAGCUGCUGAGCCUGAUCGCGGAAGGUUACGGAGCACCCAGCGACUUCUACGCCGACAUCUUCAGGGAUCCGCAUCUCUCCACGCUCCGGCUCAUCCGCUACCCGGCCAGACCCAACCCGACAUAUGAAGCCCGUGACGGUGACGCGGGUAAGUGAUGGUGUGUCUUGUAAGGUCAUCAUCUGUAUCACCUUUUUAAGUUAUCGCCAUCUUUCAUUGCC